AUGGCGGAGAUGGAAGAGACGCCAGCACAGCGACAAGCCCGCAUUCGCCGUCAAAAGCGUGAAGCGAAGAUCACGGGCUCGGCAACAGAGAGACUGGACAAGAUUACAAGGUUGAGUGGAAGGACCCCAGAGAGCAUGCGCAACGAGUCUCCGGCGCCAACACCACCUCCGAGAUCUCCUCCCGAGCCGAUAGCUCCACUGCCUGGGGAAACUGGUGCCUCGCCCACUCCGGAACAGCUUAAGGCGCAGGAGGAAUACUUGAAGGCAAUGUUAAGACAACCCCUGUCACAAGAGGGACAAGGCCAAGCACAGGAAGAGGACCCCAUGUUCAAGAUGCUACAAGCGAUGAUGGGAGGAAUGAAUGGCUCAACAGAUCCCAACGCUCCCGGCCCUAUGGGUGCCGGCCCCGGAUUGUCUCCCGACGACAUCUCCAAGGCAACAGGUCUUCCUCCCUUCUUGAUCAAUAUGGUAAUGGGAAGUCAGAAGGCGCCUCCUAGCCAAGCCGAGAUACAAGCGACACGCUUCUGGAAAGUCGUGCAUGUUAUGUUUGCCAUCAUGGCUGGCUUGUACUUGGUGUCCAGCAUCCACAAAUCUACGCAAACAUAUGGCGAGAAUCCACCGGCUCCGGCUACCUUCCAGAACCCAUUUAUUGUGUUCAUGAGCGGAGAACUACUGGUCCAGGGUGCAAGAGCAGUAUCAAAGGGCCAGUCGGGCAAAAGCGGAAUAGGUCUGUGGAUACAGAUGGGCAAGGAAUUCAUCGGGGACGGCGCAAUUAUGGUGUUCAUGCUGGGGUUAGCGUCCUGGAUGAAAGGAAGUUGA